AUGGCUAACACGAAGCUGCUGGUCGUGUUUGCUCUCUUGCAGGUCCUGUCACUCCACCUCCACAUCCAUGGCGUCUCCUCCGCGGCCAGCAUCACGCACAAGCAUCAGAAGCCCGGAGGCAGCUGCCACAUCAGCGGCUUCCUGCAGGGCAAGACUCACAAGUGCAACAAGGACCACGGGUCCGAGUGCUGCGCCGCCGGUCGCCGCUACCCGCAGUUCAAGUGCUCGCCCCCGGUGUCGGCCAAGACGCCGGCGACCCUGACGCUGAACAGCUUCGCCGCCGGGGGAGACGGAGGCGGCAAGUCCUUCUGCGACAAUCGCUUCCACCCGGACAGCCAGAAGGUGGUGGCGCUGUCCACCGGGUGGCUGCGCCUCGACGGCACGCGCAGGUGCAACAAGAUGAUCCGCAUCAACGGGAACGGGCGAUCCGUGCUGGCCAAGGUCGUCGACGAGUGCGACUCGGUGAACGGCUGCGACGCGGAGCACAACUUCGAGCCACCGUGCCCAAACAAUGUCGUCGACGGGUCGCCGGCCGUGUGGAAGGCGCUGGGGCUCAAGGAGUCCAUCGGAGAGUUCAAGGUCACUUGGUCUGAUGUGUGA